UGGGACAGAGGACCGGAGGGCUUCAAAUAUGCAGAGGAAGAAACAGAUGCUUAGCUGAAUCCAAGCUCUACUCACAAGUUCUUCCAAUUUUCUCUGCCUUGCAGGCAGUGGGGAGAUGUUGAUGAGCCAUCCAUUUGGCAAAGGAAUGGAAACAGCUGCUGUGCUUCCAAUCCAGUGUCCAUUUUCCUUUGAGGAGGUCGCCGUGUAUUUCACUGAGGCAGAGUGGGCUCUCCUUGAUCCACACCAAAGAAUGCUCUACAAGGAAGUCAUGCUGGAAAACUAUGGGAGUGUGGUCUUUCUAGCAAAACAUGUGCAGGACAUAGUUGGGAAAUUCCAGGAGUUCUCACUGAAAAGAGACAAGGAACAAAAAUUUCAACUUCAAUCCAUGAAGUUCAUGGAUCAAGAGAGACCAGAAAGGCAGGAGGAAGGUCAUAGAAAAAAGACAAACAAAACCACCAUUCCUUUCCAAGAAGGGGAUUUCCCAGGUGUAAUUGAUAUGGCAGAGGAAACAUACAAAUGCUUGGACUGGGGAUUAAAUUUAUCAGAUCAAACUCAGAGCUUUAUUCUAGCAGAAGAUAUGGAAAAGACUGUUGGGGACUUCCAGAGGUUCUCACUGGAAAGAGAUAAGGAACAGAAGGCUGGCUUUAACUUCAGGGUUCAUGAUGAACCAGAGAGGCAGGAGGGAAGUCAUGCAGAACAGAUCAGGGAUAAACCCAUUCCAUGCCAAGGAUGGGAUUUCCAUAGAGUAAUUCACAUGGCGAAGGAAACAUACAAAGGAUAUGACUACACAUUGAAUUUCUUAGAUCACACUCAAUAUGAUAUUGAUUUGCGAAAGUUCCAUAAUUGCUUCCAAUGUGGAAAGAGCUUCCUUUGUGGAGAAGAACUCAUUAGACACCAAAGAAUCCAUAUUGCAGAGAAGCUGUAUUGCUGCUCAGACUGUGGCAAGAGAUUCUCAGAGAAUUCAGACCUUGUUCAACACAAGAGUUCCCACCAUUUAGGUGGGAAGACAUUAAUCUGCUUUAAAAGUGGGGGAAAAUACUCUGAUAGGAAAGCACAGAAAUGUGGAAAGAGACUCAAUAGCAGUGUUCAUCUUCAACAACAACUAAGAACACAGACAAGGGAGAAAUCUUUUGAGUGCUCAGUGUGUGGAAAGAGAUUUAGUCAGAGUGGCCUUCUUCAACUGCAUCAAAGAACCCACACAGGAGAAAAAUCUUUUGAAUGUUCAGAGUGUGGAAAGAGAUUCAGUCAGAGUGGCAGCCUUAAUCACCAUCAAAACACUCACACAGGGGAGAAACCUUUUGAGUGCUCAGAUUGUGGGAAGAAAUUCACUCACUGUGGAAAUCUUCAACUACAUCAAAGAACCCACACAGGAGAGAAACCUUUUGAGUGCUCAGAGUGUGGGAAGAGAUUCAGUCAGAGAGGCAAUCUUAAACUGCAUCAAAGAAUCCACACAGACGAGAAACCUUUUGAGUGCUCAAAGUGUGGAAAGAGAUUCAGUCAGAGAGGCAAUCUUAAACUGCAUGAAAGAACCCACACAGGAGAGAAACCUUUUGAGUGCUCAGAGUGUGAAAAGAAAUUCAGUAGCAGUGGAGAUCUUCAAAGGCAUUUGAGAACCCACACAGGGGAGAAACCUUUUGAAUGCUCACAGUGUGGAAAGAGAUUCAGUUACAGUGGCAGUUUUCAUCGACAUCAAAGAACCCACACAGGGGAGGAACCUUUUGAGUGCUCAGAGUGUGGAAAGAGAUUCAGUCAGAGUGGCAGUCUUCAUCUCCAACAAAGAACCACUACCAGAGAGAAACCUUUUGAGUGCUCACAGUGUGGAAAACGAUUCAGACACAGUGGCAGUCUUCAUCUGCAUCGAAGAACCCACACAGGAGAGAAACCUUUUGAAUGUUCAGAGUGUGGAAAGAAAUUCAGUCACAGUAGCCAUCUUCAUGUGCAUCAAAGAACCCACACAGGAGAGAAACCUUUUGAGUGCUCAGAGUGUGGAAAACAAUUCAGUCGCAGUGGCAAUCUUCAUGUACAUCAAAGAACGCACACAGGAGAGAAACCUUUUGAGUGCUCAGAAUGUGGAAAACGAUUCAGUCGCAUUGGCAAUCUUCAUGUUCAUCAAAGAAUGCACACAGGGGAGGAACCUUUUGAGUGCUCAGAGUGUGGAAAGAAAUUCCGUAUCAGUGGAGUUCUUCAAAAGCAUUUGAGAACCCACACAGGGGAGAAACCUUUUGAGUGCUCAGAAUGUGGAAAGACAUUCAGUAGCAGUGGAGAUCUUCAAAGGCAUUUAAGAACCCACACAGGGGAGAAACCUUUUGAAUGCUCACAGUGUGGAAAGAGAUUCAGUCACAGUGGCAGUUUUCAUCGACAUCAAAAAACCACUAUGAUGUGGAACCUUUUGAGUGCUCACAGUGUGGAUGGAAAAUCAGUCAGAGUGGCAUUCUUCAAAAGCAGUUCAUUAAUAUUAUGAGAAACCUUUUAAAGUGCUUAGGAAUGGUAGAAAGAAUCAUAGCAUCAUAGAGUUAGCUAUAGAUAUCGAAACAAACCCCUGCAAUGCAGGAACCACAAUCAAACCACUUCUGAAAGAUGGUCACUGAGCCUCCGAAGAACCUCCAAAGAAUCAGACUUCACCAUGCUCCACUGUCGAACAGCCAUUACUAUCAGGAACUUUUUCCUGAUGUUUAGGUGGGAUCUCUUUUCCUGCACCUUGAACCCAUUACUCCUGGUCCUAGUCUCUGAAGCACCAGAAAACAAGCUUG